AUGGGGGAUUGGAACUUAUUGGGUGGCAUCCUAGAGGAAGUUCACUCCCACUCAACCAUAGUGGGGAAAAUCUGGCUGACCAUCCUUUUCAUCUUCCGAAUGCUGGUACUUCGUGUGGCUGCUGAGGAUGUCUGGGAUGACGAACAGUCAGCAUUUGCCUGCAACACCCGGCAGCCAGGUUGCAACAAUAUCUGUUAUGAUGAUGCCUUCCCUAUCUCUUUGAUCAGGUUCUGGGUUUUACAGAUCAUCUUCGUGUCUUCUCCUUCUUUGGUCUAUAUGGGCCAUGCACUUUACAGGCUCAGGGCCUUUGAGAAAGAGAGACAGAGGAAAAAGUCACACCUUAGAGCCCAGAUAGAGAAUCCAGAGCUUGACUUGGAGGAGCAGCAAAGGAUAGAUAGGGAACUGAGGAGGUUAGAGGAGCAGAAGAGGAUCCAUAAAGUCCCUCUGAAAGGAUGUCUGCUGCGUACUUAUGUCUUACACAUCUUGACCAGAUCUGUACUUGAAGUAGGAUUCAUGAUAGGCCAAUAUAUUCUUUAUGGGUUUCAAAUGCACCCCCUUUACAAAUGCACUCAACCUCCUUGCCCCAAUGCAGUGGAUUGCUUUGUAUCCAGGCCCACUGAGAAGACAAUUUUCAUGCUUUUUAUGCACAGCAUUGCAGCCAUUUCCUUGUUACUCAAUAUGCUGGAAAUCUUUCAUCUGGGCAUUAGAAAAAUUAUGAGAACACUUUAUAAGAAAUCCAGCAGUGAGGGCAUUGAGGAUGAAACAGGCCCUCCUCCAUUCCAUUUGAAGAAAUAUUCAGUGGCCCAACAGUGUAUGAUUUGUUCUUCCUUGCCUGAAAGACUCUCUCCACUUCAAGCUAACAAUCAACAGCAAGUCAUUCGAGUUAAUGUUCCAAAGUCUAAAACCAUGUGGCAAAUCCCACAGCCCAGGCAACUUGAAGUAGACCCUUCCAAUGGGAAAAAAGACUGGUCUGAGAAGGAUCAGCACAGCGGACAGCUCCAUGUUCACAGCCCUUGUCCCUGGGCCGGCAGUGGUGGAAAUCAGCACCUGGGACAGCAAUCAGACUAUUCCUCAUUUGGCUUACAGAAUACAAUAUCCCAGUCCUGGCUAGGUACAACUAUGGCCCCUAGAAGCUGUCCAUCCCAUGCAAUAGGAACCUGGGAGCAGUCCCAGGACCUGGAACCCUCAGGUGAGCCUCUCACAGAUCUUCAUGGUCACUGCAGAGACAGUGAAGGCAGCAUGAGAGAGAGUGGGGUCUGGAUAGACAGAUCUCACACAGGCAGUCGCAAGGGCAGCUUUCUGUCCAGAUUGCUGUCUGAAAAGCGACAUCUGCACAGUGACUCAGGAAGCUCUACCUCUCAGAAUAGCUCCUGCUUGGAUUUUUCUCACCGGGAAAACAGCUCCUCACCUCUGCCUUCAGUCACUGGGCACAGAACAUCAAUGGUAAGACAGACAGCCCUACCGAUCAUGGAAGUAUCACAAGAGCUGUUCCAAUCUGGAUGCUUUUCUUUAUUCACUCCUGGGGUGUGUAUGUAUGUUUGUGUUGACAGAGAGGCAGAUGGAGAGGGAGAUUAUUUAUGGAGAGAUAAAAUUAUUCAUUCAAUACAUUCAGUUAAAUUCAAUUCAUAA